AUGACUUCCGUCGCUUCGUGAAGGAUGUUCCAGUACAUCCAGAGGCAGAUCCAGGGUCAUCUAUCGGAACGUGGAAUGCGCCACUCUCGCCUAGUAACCAAAGAUGGACGCUGCAACAUUGAGUUUGGCAAUAUAAGAUAUCCUCAUCAUAUUGCUUUCCUGAUGGAUUUUUGGACUACCUUUGUGGAAAUACGCUGGCGUUUCGUUUUGUGCUACUUUGCCUUUGCCUUCACCGGCAGCUGGUUUAUAUUUGGCCUGCUGUGGUACUCAAUAGCCAAGAGCAACGGAGACCUGCUCGGACAGAACUCGACAAGCGGUCACGUCAGAUGCAUAGAAAACGUGAACGGCUUGACCACGGCCUUCCUAUACUCUCUGGAGACACAGACGACUAUUGGCUACGGCGGCCGUGCCCUCACUGGGCACUGCGUGGGCACGAUCUUCCUGAUUAUCAUCCAGUCUCUCAUAGGAGCCAUAAUAAACUGCUUCAUGUGCGGGUUAAUUUUAGCCAAAAUAUCCCUGCCCAAGAAGAGGGCCAAGACCGUGACCUUCAGCGACACGGCUGUCAUCUGCCUGUGGAAGGGCAGCCUGUGCCUGCUUAUACGGGUGGCCAACCUGCGAAAGACCCUGCUGAUUGGCAGUCACGUGUACGGCAAGCUGCUGAGGACGAGCAACAACACGGCCGAGGGAGGAGGAGGAGGCGGAGGUGGAGGAGGGGGAGGUACCGUCAUCCUGGACCAGACCAGCGUGGACUUCACGGUAGACGCGGCGGGGCAGAAGGACAACCUCUUCUUCAUCUGCCCGCUGACGCUGUACCACGUGAUCGACAAGAGCAGCCCCUUCUGCGACAUGUCCGCCGACUCGCUGCACAAGGAGGAGUUUGAGCUGGUGGUGUUCCUGGACGGCACCACAGAGUCCACCAGCUCCUCGUGCCAGGUGCGGACGUCCUACGUGCCCCGCGAGAUCCAGUGGGGUCACAGCUUCCUGCCCAUCGUGUCCAAGACGGGCGGCGGCAGGUUCCGCGUGGACUUUGCCAACUUCUCCAAGACCGUCGCCGUGCCGACGCCGCAGUGCCUCUACUGCUUCCAGAGCAACGUGUCGCACGACCACUGCUGCCAACUACAGACAAAACAUGGCAUUGACAACUGCGGGUUCGAGGUGGUGGAUAUGGAUGAGGCCAGUAUGGUAAUCAUACAAGGCAAUGCAGUGAGGGAUGUGAUUGCCUGAUACUGGAUAUUGAUGGGGCUAGUAUG